GCCAGCACCAUUCUCUGCCAUCCAGCGGUGUUUCGCCCGCAGAUUUAAUACUGUUCAACCAUUGAAACAACAAAGGCUCAGAUGACCAACGAUUGCUUCAGCAGAAUAAGGUACACCUACAAGAGGCUCAGUUUGUUUUCAAAUAGAAAAAAUGGAAGAGGAUAAUUCAGGAAAAGAGAUGAAGCUCAAUCAUAAGAAGAGAAAGGCCAGUCAAGAAGAGACUGAAGGUGAAAUGGAGGAAGCACCCAGGCAAAGCUUUCACCCAGGACUGUCUGGUGCACUCCCCACCUCAGGGCAGUUUUGCAAACUGCCUGAGGUUUUUGAACUUCUCAGGUAUCCUGGAAAUGCCCUUGAAUCCAUACCUCCAGGAGAAAAGAAUAAUGUGUUCUUCAUUGUUAACAACUCUGAGCAUGAAUUGAAGACAAACAAGGGUGGAUUUAAUAAAUUCCAUGAUGACUGUGUGUGGGAGCGUUCAAGUGGUUCUCAAAUAUCCUCACAUGUUGGAAAUUUUAAUGGAUUAUUGAAAGCAAUGGCAUUGUAUGAAAAUAAGUUUUAUGAAAGAAAUCCACCUAUGAGUGUGUUGGACCCACAACCAGACAAGGAGAGUGUGGUAAAAGUUCGGCGUUUCUAUGCAACACUUAAAGCUAAUAAAGACUACAAGAGGCGUAUCACAGUCUUGUCAGGUGAUGGGUUUAGAGAGGACAGAGCGUUAGUAGAAUAUUGUGGUAGAGUUAUGAAGCCCACAGCUCAUGAGCGUUGCAAAAAGCUGAAGAAGAAUGUGCUUGGCAACCCUGGAAAGACAAAAUAUAGAACUAAAUGCAGAGCAUCAAGAGAUGUUUAUGAAAAUAAGUUUGCUGACCUGAAGGACAGUCAUCAAGUGCAUAAUGUAGAAGAUGUUGCUUCCCAAAAGGUCUUCAAGAAAUUGGUGUCCAAAGUGCCUGAUGAAAAACAAGUCAUACUGACAAUGUUAGCAGAAAGUCCAAGUGUCCAGACAGUCAUUAACAGAAAAGAUCAGCCCCAAUGUGUCAUUUUGUACAGUGAGGAGCAACUGAGUGACAUGAAAAGGAACCUUGAGUGUGACAAUGUUUUGGGAGUGGAUUGCACUUACAAGUUUGGUGACUGUUUUGUCACCAUGACAGUCUACCAGAACUUGAGAGCACUACAUAAAGACACAAAUGAGCCACUUCUGUUCCUGGGCCCUGUGUACCUUCACUGGGAUAAAGAAUUUUUAACAUAUGUGUCUUUCUUCUCUCACAUAAUGGACAAGCUAGAUGGCAUUGAGCCAAAUAUUGAAGUGAAGUUGGGAAAUGAUGUUGGGUUACCUUUGUUCAAAGCACUGAAAUGUUCAUUCCCAACAUCAUCACAUAUUUUGGACUGUCAUCAUUUAAAGACAACAGUUAAUAGAGAACUAUAUGAUGUAUGUGAUGGUAAAGUAAAGGAGUCUUCCAUAAUAUCAAAGAAAAUGUUUGGCUUAGAAGGCCUAACAAGCAGUCCUACAUUGUUUUUAUUUAGAAAGAGAUUGUCAGAUUUGGCUCCUUAUUUUGAAGAGUUUCCUAGACUUAGAAAUUACUUUAUCAAAAUGGGUGCAAUUCUGUAUGAGUAUUGUUGUGAACCACAACAAAAAGGUGUUUUCCCGAAGUUGUGGGUUGGCUGCAGAGAUGAAGUGUUAAGCAGUCAUAUACAGUCGGUUCUUUGUUUAGAAUCAUAUGAAUUACCUGUACUUGUGAAGGAAAUAUGCACCAUCAGUAACCUUCAGAUGCAGCACAUAGAGGACAGGUGUGAGUAAAACUUCCACUAGGCAUAUAAGGAAAACAUUGCAAGGUGAUAAAUUGAUGAGGAUAAGAUCAGGAAAAGAUUAAUAACAGUAAAUACAAACACAAUUACUAGUAGCAAUGAUUGUCAUCCUCCCUAUCUUGACAACAGCGAAAUGAAAGUACUGGUUGACAUGAUAACUGAAGAAUACUUGACAUGAUCAGUGAUCUCCUGCAGGAGUUGGCUCAUAGUUGUAAAGGCUUGGUUAAGGAGUAUUUUUUCUUUCAUAUUAUCCAACUAAUUUUUAGCACAAUGAGUGUCAAGAGAUGAAGAAGGGAUUAUGAAACUUAUGCUCAGGGACCCCAUUCCUUGUAGAGAUGGGGUGGGGCAUCAGAAUAGGCCAUUUGACCCUUGUGACUAAGUGUUGUAAUUAUUAUCAAGACAUGGGGUAAGAGUAAUAUACUACUGUUGCGGAGUUUGUAGAGUAACAGUAAUAGCAAUGGAUAACAAUUUUACUACUGAAUUACUGACAAAAAAGUAAUUGAUAAUUAAUAAAAUAUUUUUGUAUUAUAAACUCGUCACUUCCUUGUCACUUUUUCUUUAAUUAUUGAAUCACAUCUUAGAUUCAGCAAGCAUUUGUUUGCUAUAAACACAGGGUUUUCUAUUCACUAGAGCUCCAAUGCUUGGGUCUCCUUUUGGCAGUGGUUCCCAAGUAGGGGUCCAUGAAAGAAUUUCAAGGGGUUCAUAGAGAUUCUGAUUAGUUUUAAAUUUGUUAUACUAGAAUUAGGAGUCAUGUGGCUUUGGAAGAAAGUUCAUACUACCGUACACAAUCCUUAAAACUGAAUGCUUAAAUGCUAGAAUUGCUAUACAUUAGCUACCAGUACCAGGGAUGUCAAAUUCACAGUCCACAUGACAAAUUUGGCCCUUGGGAUGGUCAUGAGUGGCCUGCGAGAUGACAGUAAGAUUUGUAGGAGUUGUAGUGGUCCACAGGUAAAGAAGUGUCUGGAAAAGGGGGAAAGGGACAAAAAAGGUUGGGAACCACUGUGUUAUGUGAACUUUCUCGAGACAUGGAAGUGGCUACAAUACAAGGGGCGCUAGUUUUCUCCAUUGUGGUACUCCUCCAAAUGUUCAGUGCCUUGCCUGCCAACUCUCUCUCCUCAGUGCCUUGCCUGCCAAUUUUCUCUCUUGCUCCAAAACUCAUUUACUACGUUGAUUAAUUUUAUUGGUGGUCUACCCCUUGUGACAUAUCCCUCAGUUAAGCUCACAGACACUUCACAAACUACUCAUUUAUUCCUCUGACAUACCUAAGCCAUUCAACUACUACACACUCCACUCCCAUGGCUAUCACACCCUUACCAAACUCUACACGCACAUUACUUUUUCCAUCCCAUUUUGUCACAUAUAUAACUAAUUUCUACUACAUGUAUUAGUGAUUGCUUUGCUACAUUCCACAUUCAUGUUUAAUUCAUAUAUGACAGUUGGGAGGAUGAUAUUAUUUCCUAUGACUUCUUUUUGCCUCUAUACUCACACUUCACCUGUCUCCUCUUCACUGCUCUUUCCCUUACCUCCUCUGCCAUGCUCCUGUACUUACAAAGAAUCAUUCAUAACUUUAUUUUCUGCCAGUAACACUUAUGUAUCUGCAAAUAGACCCGCCACCAAAUACUAUUGCUGUGCGCCUCUCACUUUUGGCCUUACAUCUAAAUCACAGACUUUGCCUUUCCUUUCUCUCAUGCAGCCAGCCAUGUGUAUAUUGAACAGCCAUUGCAACACACAAUAGCAUCAAAAUUCUACCUCAGCUUCCCAUUCACUCACAUAUAGGCAUUUGCUUCCAUGUAGAAAGACUUUAUUCCUUAAAGUAGUUGUCCUCCCAUGCUAUACCAUAUAUUCUUAAGGAUUGAUAAGUUAAAUCAUAAAUCAUAUUGUGAAUCCUGUAAUGGUCCUCCUCAGUAAUCAACAGCUUCCUUACACUUUCCAGGUACUCUUCAACUAUAUUUUUUUAGUUCAAAUGUCUGGUCCACACAUCCCCUUCCUAUUGUUAAUUCCACCUGGCUCAUCACAUACAUCCGCUGAAUCCUCUCUAAUACUACAUCCCGUGUAUAUUUCUGCUGUUAUAUCAUCAAUGCCAGGAGCUUUUCUAACACUUAUAAACUCUGUUGCUUACUCUAUCUCACUCUUCUUUGUCUGUUAUGGAUAUUGCUGCCCAAUAUUGAUUUUUACUCACAUACUCUUCAUUUCUGUUCUUCCUUUCACACUCAUUCAUUGCGGAUUCAAGAUUUUUCUUCCAUUCCUCUUUUAGCUCCUUAUGCCUUUUAGCAGGCAUCAAAUCACCCAUCACCCUUUAUUUUGUAAGUACCACUCUUACCUCUCCCUAUUUCUCUUAACUUCUUUCCCAACAUUUUUUUUUAUAUAUAUAUAUUUAUUGCCAAUAUCUUUUCAAAUUCACUAUCCAUUCUACUUUUUUUAACCAAUCUUAACAAAUGCCUUAUAUACUUUUUGCUUUUUUCUGCCAAUCUUUCUGCUUAUCACAUUCAUCUAUAGCAGUUUUCUUUGCAUGUCCUUUUUUUUAUCCUCAACUGCCUUUUCUCUCAUUUGCCCACCACCCUUUCUUUUAUAUGCCUCCACUGUCCAGUGCUUAGGUUAGAGUCCCUAACUACAUAUCUGCAGGCCUGAGUUCGAAUCCUGGGCUGGGCAGUUAGUGUGCAGCCCACCCAUCUGUUCAUCCUUCCUUUUGGACUGGUCAAUAAAUGAGUACCUGGCACAACCUGGGGAAGGUAAACUGUGGUAACCUGGAUGUUAUGCUGGUCGUGUGUCAAGUUAAAGGGUUCUCGCCAGAGGCUCUAAGGCCAACAGAGUGAAGAUGAACACUGAUGCCAUGCGCAGCUAUAGCAUAUGCUCCCAACUUUACUUUCUUUCCUCUUCUGCUUAUCUUAUUCUCAAAUACCUCACUUACUUACACUAGGAUAGUAUUUUUGAUCUUUUCAGUAAUUAAUUCACCCUCCUACAUAUUUGCACUUAAUAAUUAUCACAAAGUCUCCCACUUUCCAAUUCCUUCCUCUUGAUUUUCUCUUUCGGUUUCAUCUAAAUUCCCAUUUCUCUCGUCCUUACUCUUCUACUAUGAUGGAGCAGUCAGCACCAUUAAUCACUUCUCUUGCAACCUUUGCACUCAACACAUUUUGCCUUAUCCUUUUACCCACAGUUACAAGAUUUGUCAAGCUCUCAUUAUCACCUUGCCCAUGUAUACAUGUGGAUCAUCUUGUGCCGAAAAGUGUUUGCUGGGAAACCUCUUUCAGCACCAAUUUCUAUAGUGUUUGCAUAUAUUGCCCAUAUUGUAAUUAAACAAGAUCCUUUUAUAUUGUAGAGGAUCCAUCCAUUCAGUUUGUCAGAACUACUAGCUGAAAAAGCAGUAUUUGAUCAAAUGUUCCACAACUUUGCAGUAAAACAAUUGAAGAACUGCAGUUUAUUAACUUUCUCACUUGUAAGAUGAAUAAAAUACAAGAAACUUGCUGCAAAGGAACAAUUGGAGGGUCAAAAGCAUGGUGAAUUUAGAAGUAUGAAAAUAGUUAUAUAGGAUUGUAAGAUUAGGAGCACUAUGGAAAACUGUAAAUGGCUGAAGACAGUUGAAUAAAGGAAACACAUA